CACUUGGUCCACCUGAUGUAUUUCGUCAAAAUGCAUCAAUGUUCGAGAUUGCAAAAUCUAUUGCAGAUCAUCCCAAUCUUCUCUCUAUGGCCUACAUGAUAUAUAAAAAUAAAGAAUCGUUCAUCAAGGAAUCAUCUCAAGAGGUAAGGCUUCGCAUUUGGUUAGAAGAGUUGAAAUGUCUAUUUCUUCGAACUAGAAACCCAUCACAAUUGGCAAUUGAUCACCUAGUAGAUACAGUAUUACCAAGUUGCAAGCUUGCAGAUGAUGAAUUUCAACAGCUUCUUGAAAAAUUCAAAAUGACAUUUAAUGAAUUUUGUCAUACUUUUAAUAAAGACCUCAGAAAUCUCGCUCAUGAUUAUAUUAAGAAUUUUAGCAAUGACAAUGAAUAUCUAGAUGAAAGUACAUUAAAUAGAUUUAUCGACUAUGGUGUUUCAAAAAAAAUUUUACAGAAGUAUCUUGCAAACACCAGAGAAUUAGAACUCUCAGAGAUGAUCCAAAAUACAUUAAGAAGAUUUGUUCAAGCAGCAUUCAAGUUGCACGUUACUCACAUUUAUAAGGAAAACCAACAUGAGUUUAGUUCAUACAAAGUGGUUCUUGAAGAUGUCAAAAAUAUGAAUAAUAUUACUCUAUCACUUGAUAUUCCAACACACGGAAAGUCAGAUAUAUUGAGAUUAUAUCCUGCAUAA